AUGAGUAUAGCUGCAUAUGCGUAUGAAGCUGACAGAGCUAAACGUUUAUAUUUUGGUCAAUACUCUCUCACACUUACUGACAAAUAUAUUGUUAUCAGUGAUGGAAAUACCGAGAAAUACAUAACAUGGAAGGACUAUGAAAAGUUUGACCCCAUUUUAACUCCAUGCACUAUGCCAUUCAUUGUAAAUGGUGAAGUUGUCAUGAAGAACGACACAACAGUAUAUAAGUCUGUUCAUGAAGCGUUAGAAUAUAUGUUGAAUUAUAAUCCCGAAAGAUUUGACCCAAGCACUACGCCAUGUACAAUGCCUUUUAUUAAGGAUGGUGAAAUCGUAAGAGUUCCGGAUUCAACGGUUUACACAGCUGUUCAAAACAGUUUACAAAACAUUUUAGCGAAUAUCUUUAAUUCAGAAACUACAGAAAUAAAAUUACCAUAUAUAACAGAUGCUAAAGAAAUUAAAUCAAAAACGACAACAUUAUUUACGUCACUUAAUGAUUUAAUGACUUAUAUCAUUAAUAUUCCUGCACCAACUAUAGCAUUUGAUCCAAACUCGACGGUUUGCAGUGUACCUUUCAUAAAUGACAGUUCAUUAAUUACUUUAAGGGAUUCGACAGUAAAUGAAUCAUUAAAGGCGUCAUUAAUGAAAAUCAUUGAUUUUAAUUCAUUCAUGAAUACAUAUAAUUCAUUCAUUAAUGUUUCAUAUGCUUCUAAAGAAGGUGAGCCAAAAACUAUCGAUAAAGCGGUGUAUGAAAUAAAAGCAUCAACGACGAAAUUGAAUUCGUUAACUUUUGACGGUGAUAGUUUCGUUAAUGACAUAACAUCGGGGAAAACAAUUUUAACGAAAGAAUAUUUAAAAUCUCAUGUUAGUGAGUUCGUUGAAAUUGAAAAAGAAGGUGGAAUUAAGUUCGAUCCACUGAAUUUCAUUUUCAGCUUAGCGAAUGCGGGUGUUAGUUUCGCUGAAUGGACAACUAUACAGAGUGAAAUAAAUGCAAUAUGGACGUUUUUGGGGUCAAAAGCGGGAAUGGGUGAGCUUGUAAAUGCUGCAAGAACAUUAGGUGAAACAGGAAAUUUUGUAGAUGGUUUUAAAAGACUUGUUUCAAAUGUUUUAACAAACACAAAGAAAUUAUUUAGAUAUACCGUACAUAACGGACGGAUUUUCGAACAGAUAGCAACAAACCCUCCGGUUAUGGCUGCGUUGAUGAUGGUUAGAGAUAUAAAACCACGUAACGACGGGAACGAAGAACAUGAACAACAGGAUACUGGUCGGGUUAUUCGAGACAUUAAAAACGUGUAUCCUGAAGUUAUUGAUUUAUUUAGAGGAGUUAAUGAUUCAAUUUCAAAACAUUCUAUAACCCUCGAUGAAGAGAAUAAAUUAACAGAUUAUAUAUUCGUCAUUAUUGCAGAAUUAAUGAAGAGAAUAAAUGAAAAAGGAAUUGGUGAUAUCAUUAAUGUCAGCGAUGUAAUGAUGAAAAGAAAUUUUGACUCAUUAUUUACAAAACCGAAAACAGAAUAUAGUCUUUAUGACGUAAUUACCGAAUUAAUGAAAAAGAUUAAUGAUAAUAAGAGUUCUGGCGGAAGAGUUGAAUUAGAAGUGAAUGAUGUUAAUGAGAAAUUAGCCGAAAAAGCAAACAAAAAUGAGCUUUUAGCUCUGAGUGAUAAAGUCAAGAACCACGUUCAUUAUAUAACUUCAGACGAACAGAUUAUAACGAACUACCAUGGAUAUUUAACACGAAGUGAUGAAGCGAAGACAAAAAAUGUUAAUGAAAGAAGAUAUAAAUACAUUCGUGCUAAAGGUUAUGACAUAAGCUGUACUGUACAGUAUGAUGUAGCUAAAGCACCAGAAGCAUUUGGUUAUACCGGUGAAAUUUAUGCCUCUACUUUCAAUGUUAAC